CUUGUGAUGUAAUUACCCCCGGACAGAACUCCGCUACCCCUCAUGAGUACCUGCAUAUACGACUAGAUAUAAAUAUACCCGAUGUUGCACUUCAACAUACACUACAAACGACAAGUAUCACGUUUUCCCAAUUAUCUCUUUGAUCCCAACUCCAAGAUUGUGCUGCCUUGCCCUCCCCAAUUCGUACUUCACUAUGCCUACCUCAAAAGUCUACGGCACUCCGGGCCCCAACAAUGAGAAGAUCGGCGGCGUCCCCAUUAUGCAUUACUUCGACUUUAUGUCUCGUGGGCGUGGCCAAGCCGUGCGUUUGCUCUGGGAAGACGCCGGAAUAGCCUACGAAGAUGUGCGCUACACAUUCGACGAAUACCCAUCAUACAAAGCCGACAAGAUCAGCGCGUUGAACCCCGCGGCUACAAUCCCCGUUGUCGAACUAGAUGGCAGAAUCCUAACGCAGAGUUACGCAAUGCUACGUCACUUCUCGCGGCUACUAGACGGCGUGUAUGACGGGAAAACCGAAGCGGAGAAAUACUUUACGGAUCAAAUCUGCGACAUGGUCAUUGACUGGCGCACACUCUUCGUAACUGCCUUUCUCUCCCCAGAGAAGGAAACAGCAUAUCCCAAGCAUUGCAGCACUACACGCGCAAACUUUCUCAAAGCCAUAACGCAGCACUUCCAAGGCAGCGACCUGGCUCAGAGAGGUCCGUUUGUCAUUGGGGAUACGUUCACGUAUGCGGAUAUAGUGCUGUAUCAGAUAUGCCAUGAUGAAGAGCUGACGAGGAAUGGACGGAAAGGAUUGCAGGAUUACCCCAGGCUUGUUGAGUUCGUGGACGCGGUGGAAGCGAGGCCCAACGUAAAGGCUUUCCUGGAGAGUGAGCGGUACUUGGGGUAGAGUGUUGAGGGAAUCAGAGGGAUGGAAAUGGGAUGUGUGUGGAAAGUGGGACGUAUGCAAUAAGAGGGCUCAUGAGAAUCGAUCUGUUGACGUCCUGGUUCAUUUUUCUUCUGCUUGGUGUCCCUGCAGUUUUCUGUCUUUUCUGCCGUUCGAUAGUUCGCUAUCUCUGGCAACUUAAAACGUGACUGAAAUUGGGAGAAAACGGUGUAUGCAACCGCCAUAUGGCGAUUGAUCUUUUGGACAUGUAUUUUCUUGUACAGAGCAAGUUGUUUUAUAGUAGU